CCUUGAUCUAAAACUCCGACGGAAGCUCACCGGCCCUCUCCUCGGCGGCCGCGCGCGCCUCGUCAGGAUCUCGAACCGCCGCCGCCGCCAAUGUACACGAGUAAUCUGUAGCUUCUUCUUAGCCUACAAUCUGCAAACAAUUUGUUUGCGUAAAAUCCGGGUAAAAUCAGUUUUCUUUGAUGCGGUUUUCCGGCCGGAAACUCGCUAACGAAACAACCCCCCUUCGCAGCAAUGGCCGCAGCCCUCCUCCGCCUCCAGCCCAAACCCUUCCUCCUCCCAAGACCUCUUGCCCUUCUCUACCCAACCACGAUCUUGCCAGCUUCUUUCCCUUGGCGCACCGCGCUGCAGCUGGGAGCCCCCGGAUGGAGCCUGCCGCCGCUGUGGGCCAAGGAAGGCGCCCAGGGGAAUGCCAAGAAAGAAAAUUCAGAGACCCAUUUGGAUUCGAAGACCAUCAAAAUCAUGACAUACAAUGUAUGGUCCAGAGGUAUUUUGCAGGGCCUCAGGAUGUAUGCUCUUGGAGAUCUUAUUCAGCGCCACAACCCAGAUCUUGUAUGUUUGCAGGAGGUUACACCAGACAUACAAAACUAUCUGAAACGAAGCUGUGCUUCAUGGCAAGAAUACGAAUGUGUAUCACCAGAUGAGGAGGAUGUAGAAAGACACAGAUAUUACUGCUUGCUGGAAUAUGAUUCGGUUGCAGAUGAGCAAGAUGCCGGUGAAUUCUUCUGAGCUCAUCUACUGGACCAAGCCCAAAGGUGGAAGGGGCUUGUACACCGUAUAUGUCACUAUCGGAGGAGGGAAGAACUUGGUCUUGGCUACAACCCACCUAGAGGGACGGGUCGUCAGAUAUUUCAAGCCUGGGCGGAUUCAUAGUAAACGGACCAAGAAGCAACGAAAAGAAGAACGUUUGAGGAAAAACGAAAAGAGAAGAGCUCAGGCGGAAGCGUGUAGAAGACUUUUGCCUGCCCAUCCCAAUGUAAUACUUUGUGGGGACAUGAACUGGGACGACCGAGUAGAUGGGUCCUUCCCUCUGCUGGACGGGUUCAUUGAUCCUUGGAUUGUGCUGAAGCCAGGUGAAAAUGGCUAUACAUACGACACAGAAGCUAAUGCCAUGCUUGCGGCAAUCGCAGAACACAAUUUAGUCAAAAGACAACUGCAGGGGAGAUUGGACCGGUUCUUUUGCAAGUUGGAAGACUUCAAGAUCGAAAACAUUGAGAUAAUCGGGAAGGAGGCUAUAGCACUAGACAAACAUUUGAUCAUUCAUGAAACUCCCCUAUUACCUAGUGACCACUUUGGGCUUGUUUUGACUAUCACACUCCGGAGUAAUGGAAGUGCCAAUAGUAAUUGAUGUGUGGCCCUCUUCUUCUUUUUUUGAGGAAAAUGCCCUCUUUUAUUUGUAGAAGCAUCACUAGAUGUUUCAUGGAUGCUUAAGUACUAUGGGUGUGCUAUUCUCUAACCCUAACUUUGUAGAGUUUUUCUCAGGAGGUAUCCAUUUGAUAACAUAGGUUACGAGGUUA